ACGGUCACACUACUUUUCACAUCUGCAAAAUAUUUACAAUUAAAAUAACAAAAACUUUAAUUAGACCCAAAAUACUGCCAUGGGAUGCGAUGGUGGAACCAUUCCCAGGCGCGAUGAGCUGGUGCGCGUAAAGCAGAAGCCGGAACAGAAAGACAAAGAUGCCGAGAGGGAGUUCCGCUGGCGCCACUGCACCUUGACCCAGCAGAGCCUCCAGGAGCCCAUUGCCAUGUGCGGCAUGGGCAGACUGUACUCCAAGCAGAGCGUCAUCGAGCGUCUGUUGGAGAAGGAGAAGAUGCCGGAGACGGCGGAGCAUGUGAAGAGCAUGAAGGACAUCCGCCAGCUACAGCUUACGCCCAAUCCCGCCUUUACGGAGGAAGACAAGACCGAGGGUCUGCUGGACACGCGCCAUUCGCCGUACAUCUGCAAGCUGAUCGGUCUGGAGAUGUCGGGCAAGUUUCGGUUUGUGGCCCUCUGGAGCUGCGGAUGCGUGAUGUCCGAGCGCGCCUUGAAGCAGAUCAAGGGAAACGCGGCCAGCACAUGUCCCCUGUGCCAGGCCCCGUACAGUGUCGAGGAUGUGGUGGUGUUGAACGGCAACGAUGAGGAUCUCGAGCUGAUGCGGGUCAAGAUGGAAAUGCGGGCGACUAAGCGAAAGAACAAAUCGAAGAAGGACAAGAAGGAAACCAAAAAGGCGGAGAUCAAAACAGAGCCCCAGGAGGAGUCCCAAGAGCCGGCGGCGUCCACCUCCAAGAACGUGACCUUGGAGAAACCCUCUACCAGCUCGAAAAUCAAGGCAGUGGCAAAUCCCAAGAGAAUGGGCGCCGUCAAUGCCAUGCAGGAUCCCGAACUAAAGCGUCUGAAGAGCGAUUUCAGCGUGGCCAAGGAUCCAAAGGCCAGCGACGUCUACAAGUCACUGUUCACUUCCCACAAGACGGAGAAAGAGCAGGAGCGCGCCCACUGGGUCACCUACAAUCCAUUUUACAAUUAGUCUAGAAUCUAGAGUGUAGCCUAGGUUAAGAUUGCCGUUUCCCUUCAGUCACCCUGGGGACUUGUCCAUAUAUAGCUGGAUCGUAUAGAACUAACACAGAUUUGAGUAAAAUAAAACCCAACAAUGUUUCGAUCAGCUUA